UGUAGGUGCGUGCCUGGUGAGUGAUCACGAGUAUAUAUAGCGCUUGCAACGACCAAUGUUCAAGGUUGAACUGUGACUAUACAAGAUAUAGAAUUUGAUUCGUUCGUGGUCCAUAUAUUCAGCUUGCUCAAUCUACUUUUAUUUUGAUUUUUUUCCACAUUCGACAUGAAGAAAACCACUCGGCCAGUCUUCCCAGUACCGGCUUCACCCAUAACAACCCCACGACUACUACUCCGGCCAAUCCGUCAAGAUGACCUCGACGACUUCCACGCUCUCCGUACCCAGAUCGAUGUGAUGAAAUGGAGCAGUACUGGGAUCAUUGACGCGAACAAGGAAGCCACUCAAACUUGGAUGAACGGACUCCUGCCCCCAAACGAUGCCACCACUUUCUCUUUCGCUGUGGAAGAAAGUGAAGCUCCGGGAAAAGUCAUUGGCGUUAUAGGGUGUCGCAGGCCAGAACCCCCAGAACUUAGCUUCGCUUUCAGGAAGGAAACCUGGGGGAGGGGAUAUGCUGGCGAGGCACUUGGACGAUGGCUUCAGGCUUGGUGGGAGUUGCCCAGGAGGGAAUUGAUCAUACAAAAUGACAAAUCAGUGGUACCGCUCGACAAGUCCACUACCGAGAGACCGGACGAGGCUGUCGUGGUGCCUGAGAUCUUGCAUGCUCAUACAUACGCCAAAAAUACGCCGAGCGCUCGACUGCUGUCUAAGUUUGGAUUUCGGAUCGCAGGCGAGAAGACGGUUGUUCGUGAUGGUCAGGACAAAAAGGUCCUCAUGUUGGAGCUCGAACAACCCAGGUGAAGUUGUGUCCUACAGUGGCCAGGUCCCCUUUCAUGCCAAAAUCAGCACUAAACCAUAUUAGGCAGGUCGUGAAUAGUCUUACAGUAUCCUACAGCAAAGGGCGACCGCCCGUUCUACAAAUACGCUUUCGAGAUUUCCAGUAGUCUAUAGGGCAAACUAUUCCUUAGACCUAUAGCCUAUUAAUGCCUAUUAAGUAGCGG